UGUUUUUGUGUUGUCAUCAUGUGUACUAGGCCUACAUAUUUUUAUCUUUAAAUGGCUUGCGAAGAUAGAAACAAGUGAUAAUGUUCUGAAUUAGUCUGAAGGUAAUUUGAAUUUGUACAGGGGUUUUAUGAGUAUUGCUAUUAAACCCAGAACAUAAACUUUGUAUGCUGUAUUCUGAAAAUAAUUGGGUUUUGUUACUUGAGUGGAGCCUCAAAUGGAGUGUUGUCCUUUGGUCAAGAAGGUUUUCUUUAUAGUCAAAUUGAGUCACAUGAUAUUGGAGCUCUCCAAUAAAAUUAACACAUUAGAUAGUGAGAUUGGGCACCUGUGCUUUGAAGAAUUAGGAAAAACAGAAACGACAUUUAUUAAUGACUGUCCAGAGAACGAAAGUAUGCUUCUUGUUAUACCCAACACAUGUAGGCUACAAGAGAGGCAUGCUAAAUGCAAUGUACAAUGUACUGUGCAUAUGUAUGUGGACUGUCAACAAUAAAGAUAUACAAAAUGCACUUUUGAAUGCCUUUCCUGCUUGACAUGAUCAUGUCCCUAGUGUGCUUGGCUUCGGGUCUUAAGUUAUCAAACGCAACAGGUGUAACUCUCAAUAGGUAGAAAUAUAUCUGUUUCAAUUAAGGCGUACAAAAUUGCCCUUUUGCCCUAACUCCAUAGGGUGUAUGUAUUUGACUCUCUUCUUUGUCAACAGUCUUUUCAAAAUCUCCAACACAGCUAAGCAGAUGGACAUCAAACUUAGAAUUUUGAUGAUUGUGAUUCUCGUUAACAACCCACACAAUGGAAAUGCAAUCAGUUGCUAUGUGUGUGAUACAAGCAGCAACGAUGACUGUAACCCUGGCACUUCAACAACUUGUGGCAGUGAACAGAUAUGCAUGAAUGAAGUCAGAGAGGAAAAUGGCCUGUUUAUAGUCAGAAAGAUGUGUAAGGAAACAGAUGCUUGCCAGAGUCAGGAAAAUCAAAAUCCAUUCCAGUGUCACCCCGGGGAAAAUGUCAUCUCAUUAUGCUUCUACUGCUGCAAUGUAGAUCUGUGCAACAGUGGUAACUAUCUGGAUGUAACGUCUGCCAUCAUAACAACACUUGGUACAACACAGUUAUUACUAGAUCCUACAACACGUGCUGUCACAUCAUCACUAGCCACAACUGUUCCUCCAGACCCCACAACACAAGCUUUGACUGAGGCAUCACCAGACCCCACAACACAAGCCUUGACUGAGGCAUCACCAGUGCCCACAACACAGGCCUUGACUGAGGCAUCACCAGACCCCACAACACAAGCCUUGACUGAGGCAUCACCAGACCCCACGACACAAGUCACCACAGUAGCAUCACUAGACCCCUCCACACUCUCCUCAGCGUCUUCUGUAAUGCAACCCCUACUGGUCAGUCAAGAUUCUUCUACACAAGUGGUCCAGACUACAAUAAAUCCAAGUCAAGAGGCCAACUGCAAUGCAGAUUGGAAUUCUGCAAGCACGUACUUCAUUGUGACUGACACCCAUCACACCAUCCAUUCAGCUGAUAUGAUGGACACCACUCCAGCACGUAGUCGAGUUGCAUGUUCCUUGAAGUGUUUGCAUCAAAAUAACUGUGGGUUUUUUGCCUUCAACAAUGUGACUCUAGUCUGUGUGCUAGGCAGAGGGAUAUAUGAAUCAUCCAAAGUACAGGUUCAGCCUGGCAGUACUGUGUUCCUGAGACUCUAAAUUAUUCAUGAGCUAUUUAGUGCUCAAAGUACUUAACAAUAAAUAGAAAUGUAAUGAGUCGCUGUACAGCGUGCACGUUGUUUAUUGUUAAGGAAACAAGUUGAAAUACCCAUUUCUGGAGACAGAAGAAAGGUUAAUGCUCUUGUCAUGUAAAUAUUCAAAGAAUUAUGCAAGUUGGAUAUUUGGAGAUGUUACCAUGAGUCAGAUACAAACUGCACUUGACAGAAUCUAUUGCAAGACCACUUGCUUUGUUGCUAGGACAUAACUUAGUGAAAAGCCAGUGUCCCUGAUGGGUUGUAUAAACCUGAAUGGAAAUCUUUGGAGGAACGAUGGGUAGAAAUUCAUCUAACCUGCCUUUAUAAAAUGAUCAAUUACAUCACAGCCUUCCAAGAAAGUAAAUUUAAUAUCAAAAUUUAGCUCCAAGUUAAAACCAACCCUUACCAGCUCUGACAGUAAUGAUUUAAUGACCUGUGAUGCCCAACAUCAUAAAUAUUUAUUAUCAGCUUAUGCCUGUGUGAUUAAAAUAUAAUGCGAUGAGUGAUUACACAACACAGAACCACACAGAACCUGUUAGUUGCUGAAAGUCAGGUUUGCCUAUAGAGCAGAAUAUUUCGUGUAGUGGAUAGUUACCUGAUAGCAAAUGCAUUGUACAUUAAUCACUGGUUGUCUUAUGUUGGUGGACGAGAUGAGAAUUAACAGGAAGUAGUCACCUAAAGCAGGAAUUGUAUUGUUAGACACGGAACAUUGCAGGUAGAUGGUACAGUUAUUGAAACGUGAAUAGUAAUCAUGAAGUAUUGAAAACCGUGAAGGCUGGAAAUCGAAUAUGUUAUUACAUUUAAGUGUAAGUGAAUACAAAGUUAAUCAUUGUUCAACCAAAUUUGUUUGAAAAAAGAUGGUGUGGACCAUGUGAUCAUGGAGGAAGGACACAGAAGGAGUUUGA